ACCUUCGUAUCCAUUACUGAGAAUUCUAGCGGGGACAAGUUCCGGGCAAAAGAGUAAAUUUAUGUACUAGCAUUCCAUUGCCGAUCAAAACGGAGGGCGUCUCGCCCUCCAUGGCUCAGUAAGAACCUUCGAUUUGGAGCUCCGAUUCGUCUUACAUAUCCAAUUUUCGAAUCUCAUAACUACAAAAUUCGUCGCGGCUUUCCGCUACCAACCACACUUUGACAAUCAUUCGCACGAUUAUUCAAGGUGCAUCUUGUCACGUUGUUAGAAGUUUGAAAUUGGCUUUUAUGUGCUACAAGACUGUAUCUUUGUCAUGCAUUGUUGUACUUGUUGGAUCUGCAAGACCGUGGAUGUGAGAAAAGUUAUGCCAUGGCUACAUCUAGUAAGUUUGAUAUGUCAUCAGGUAGCCCAGACAGGCCACUAUAUGCAAAUGGCCAGCGUGGAUCCAACUUAGCCAUUUCCAUAGACAGAUCAGUUAGCUUUCGUGAGAGCGUGGAGAAUCCAAUUUUAGCUUCUCUCCCGAACAUGUCUAGAAGCAGUUCUUGUGUGACACAAGGAGAUGCUGUCAAUUUCUUCCAAUGUUUGCGUUUUGAUCCAAAGGUAGUGGCUGCAGACCACAAGUCUAAUCGUCAAGGGGACUUGAAGCGACAUAUAAAUGUUGCUUUUGGCUCACUGGAUGAUUCUGCUUCUGUUUCUUUAAAAGGAAAGCUGCUACCAUCUCCGAUACCAGAGGAAAUCAAGCGCGUCAGGGAUGGUCUGCGUGAAAGUUCUGUGAAGGCCAGGGGACGCGUGAAGAUUUUCAACGAAGCCUUGUCUGUAUUUAACAAGUUUUUCCCCAGCAUACCUUCCAAAAAAAGAUCUCGAUCAGAUGGUUUUUCUAAUGACCGGCCUAAUGCCAUGCUACCAAGUGAUCUAUCUGUCCUGGGCCCAAACGUUGGUAAGAUGGGACUUCAAAAUCAUGCCAUCUCAGGUUUCGAACGUGAUCAGCUAAAGUCAGAAGAAAGGGCCAAAAGUGCUGUUCCAAAGAAACGCACCCGGACUUCUUUGGUGGACGUGAGGAUGGAUGCUCGGAGUGGUACUAUUGUCAAGACAUCUGAUGUUGUAGAUAGGGAAAGGGAAAUGGUAAGGCUUGCAAAUGGUGUUGUUCAGGGUGAUGAUCGAAGUCUCUCGAUUGCGGUUGAUGGUUGGGAAAAGUCAAAAAUGAGGAAGAAGCGUUCUGGCUUAAAGCCAGAUCUCUCUCCAACUUUAUUGUCGGCUAAAUCCACUGAUGGCUAUCGGGAACCUAAACAGGAAAUGCAGCAAAGACCUGUCACUGAUGCUCAAUUAAAGUCGAAUAACGAUUCCCCUGGGUUCAGGCCAGGAGCUGCACAUGGAGCUACGGGAAUUGGAAAAUCAGACGGUGUUUCACAACAGACAGGCUUGGUCAUGCGGUCUUCUGUCCCUAGAACUGACGCAGCAGACAAUGGUUCUCUUCUCAUUGAGAGGAGAUAUCGUUCUAUUGGUUCAGAUAAAGAGAGAGUGAAUCUUCGAGCUGUUAAUAGGACAAUCAUUCGAGAUAGUCCUAAUUCAGAUAGCACUAUGUCAAGCACAAAAAUGAAUGCAUCUGUUCGUGGCCCACGAUCAGGUUCAGGAAUCGCUCCCAAGUUGUCAUCGGCUGCCCAUAGAGCUACUGCUCCUAAUGAUUGGGAGCUUUCGCAUUGUACAAAUAAGUCAGCGGCUGUUAUUGGAGUUAAUAAUCGCAAACGUAUGGCAUCAGCUCGGUCUUCUUCGCCACCUGUUGCCCAUUGGGCUGGCCAGCGACCUCAGAAGAUCUCACGUACUGCAAGAAGAACAAAUUUGGUUCCUAUUGUUUCGAAUAAUGAUGAGACUUCUGCUUUGGAUUCUGUAUCAGAUGCUACAGGUCACGAAGUUGGGUUGGGAUUUGCUAGGCGCUUGACUGGAAGCUCUCCAAAGCAAGUUAAAAUAAAAGGUGAACCCAUGUCAUCAACUGCAUUAUCUGAAAGUGAAGAGUCUGGGGCUCCUGAAAUUAUAUCAAAAGAGAGGUGCCAAAAGUCGGAUGAGAUAGAAGAGAAGGCUGGACAGAAUGUCCAAAAAAUGUCUACUUUGAUUCUGCCAACAAGAAAAAAUAAGCUGCUUACUGGGGAAGACCCUGGAGAUAAUAUACAGAGGCAAGGAAGGAGUGGGAGGGGUUUUACUUCCACGAGGUCUCUUGUGCUUGCAACUGCUGAGAAGCUUGGCAAUGUGGGAACAACAAAACAGCUUAGGAGUGCCAGACUUGGUUUUGAGAAAUCCGAUAGCAAAUCAGGUCGCCCACCAACUAGGAAACUCUCUGAUCGGAAGGCCUAUAAACGUCACAAGCAUAUGGCAGUCAGCACAGCAGCUGAUUUUGUUGAUGAUGGGCAUGAAGAACUAUUGGCUGCUGCUAACGCUGUAAUUGAUCCUGCGCAUGCACUUUCCAGCUCAUUUUGGAUGCAGAUGGAGCCACUUUUUGGUGUUAUUUCGGAUAUAGACAUUGCUUCUUUAGAGCAACAGGAAAGCUUUGAAACCACUGCAGCAACAGUGGCAACAGCUCCUAACCCUUUUAGUGUAGAUGGUAUUAACAUUGUUCCUAAUGGGAAUGGAUUGAUUGAUAGUGAUGGAGAUGUGGGGCUGGCUGGUGAAACAAGGGAUAUUACCCUUUGUCAGAUACUCAUAUCAGCUAUAAUUUCAGAGGAAGAUUAUACCAGUGGAAAUGAUGAACUUGAAUUUGAUGAAUAUGGAAGUGAAAAUGAUCUAGAUGGAAAGUGGCAAGAAAAGGGAUUAAAUCAACUGGAUAACAUUCAGUUUGCUGGACAUACUCCUUUUAAGGGUUAUAGAAUGCCUGGUGAGCGGGAACAUGGCCAGCCAAAAGUUAAUAAGUUGGACACCCCAAGCACGGGGAUCAACUCAAAUUUCGGUCAUCCCCCAAAUGGACAACUUUCUGAUCAAGCACCAAUGCCUGGCAUGGCAUAUCCUGAAGUUCUGUAUGAUAAUAUGAAUAUGAAUGAAAAACUUUAUCUUGAGCUGCAGAGCAUUGGGAUUUUUCCUGAAAUAACAUCGGAUAGAGGACAAACAAGGACUGAAGGAAUCUCCUUGGACAUCAGCAAGUUAGAAGAGGAGUACCAUGUCCGGAUUUCAACAAAUAAAAUCUUGCUGAGUAGUCUGAUAAAAUCUGCCUCAGAAACCAAAGAACUUCAAGAAAAGGAAUUUGAACGACAUGCUCAUGACAAACUUGUUACUAUGGCUUAUCAAAAGUAUAUGACUUGUUGGGGUCCUAAUGCCACUGGUGGGAAGAAUUCCAGUAGUAAAAUGGCCAAGCAGUCAGCCUUGGCAUUUGUUAAGCGCACGCUGGAACGAUGUCAUAAAUUUGAAGAUACGGGCAAGAGCUGCUUCAGUGAGUCCUUGUUUAAGGAUAUUCUUAUUUCCAGGCCUUCCCGACUAAAUAGUUCACAAUUAGUAAACACUCCUACAGAUGGUGAAUCUGCAAAACCAUUUACGAAUACCUCCAGCCGCUCACUGGAAGGUGGAGUUUCAGCUUCCAUGGUAUCACAGCCAGCUAAUCUAGUUUCAUGGUUGAGUCAGAAUGGGGACAGCUACAUUAAUUCCUCUGAUAUGCUUCCACCGGUAAAUCGAUUACCUGAACAAACUUCUGUGAAAGAAGACUUGUGGUCAAAUAGAGUGAAGAAGAGGGAAAUAUUGCUUGAUGAUGUUAUUGGUGGUACUCUUGGUACUUCAUCUAGUGCCCCUUCGGGCAUUGCAACCUCUCUAUCGGGCAGUACAAAAGGUAAGAGGAGUGAGAGAGACAGGGAGGGAAAGGGUCACAGUAAAGAGGUUUUAUCUAGGAAUGGGAAUAAUAAAAUUGGCCGACCUGUAUCAUCAAAUUCCAAGGGGGAAAGAAAAUCUAAAAUAAAGCCUAAGCAGAAAACAACUCAGUUAUCUGUUUCUGUGAAUGGCUUUCUAGGCAAGAUAUCAGAGCAACCCAAACCAACAUUGGUUUCUGAGUCAAAGUCAAGUGAAAUGACUACCAAUGCAAAGAAGAAAAAUGGUUUUGGCUUGGACUCACUGGAUGAGGCUAUUGACUUGUCCAACCUACAGCUACCAGGCAUGGAUGUAUUAGGUGUUCCAGACGAUUUUGGUGGCCAAGGGCAGGAUCUAAGUUCAUGGUUGAACAUCGAUGACGAUGGACUCCAAGAUCAUGACUUCAUGGGCCUUGAAAUUCCGAUGGAUGACCUUUCAGACUUAAAUAUGAUGGUUUGAAGUUGCUUUCUUUGUAUAGUAUUCAUUAUACUUUUGACAAAUGAAAAGUAAUCACUGUUGUUGAAAUGACGAGUACAUCGUUGGUCAUGGCCAUCCAAUUAAAAUCAGGUAAAAUAGAUUCUUUUGUAGACUUCUCAAGAAGUUAAUUUAAUAUUUUUGAUGUUUUUGGUUUUCCGGUAUUAAGUUAGUGGGAUCUACUGUAAAAAUCUUUUUGUCAAGGUACAAGUUAGCGUGUCACAGUGGUAUAUAUUUUAGGAAAGACUGUAUCCUAGCUGUGGCUUUUACAGAUCCGAUAACCACGCUCUUGUAAAUACAUUUGAAGUUUUUUAAUAAAGAUGAGUUUUUGUUUUCAGUGCAA